AUGUACCAGCUGCUUUCAGCUCUAUCUUACAUGCAUGGUCUAGGCAUUGCUCAUGAGAAUUUAAGCCCCUCCAACAUUCUGCUGACCGACACAUCUUGGUGUUGGUUGCAAAUUGGUGAGAAGCAGCUGCUGAACACUGUUUUGGAUCCAAGUGGCAACUGGUGGAAAGGGGAGCUGAGCAAUUUUGAGUAUCUUCUCAUUUUAAACAGAUUGUCAGGAAGGAGGUGGGGUGAGCACACAUUUUACUCAGUCAUGCCUUGGGUUAUUGAUUUUAGUGUCAAACCUGAUGAAAAUAACAUUGCUGGUUGGAGAGAUCUUAGCAAGAGUAAGUGGCGCUUAACAAGAGGUGAUGAACAGUUGGAUUUCACUUACUCCACAUCUGAAAUGCCUCAUCAUGUGUCUGAUGAGUGCCUUUCUGAACUCGCUGUUUGCAGUUAUAAGGCCAGGAGGUUGCCUUUGAGUGUUUUAAGACAAGCUGUUCGUUCAGUUUAUGAACCCAAUGAGUACCACUCUAACAUGCAAAGAUUGUACCAGUGGAUGCCUGACCAGUGUAUUCCUGAAUUUUAUUGUGAUCCACACAUAUUUAACUCUCUGCAUUCUGGUAUGCCUGAUUUGGCGGUGCCUUCAUGGGCAGGAACUUCAGAGGAGUUCAUUAAGCUGCAUCGAGAUGCUCUUGAAAGCAAUCGAGUUUCCCUCCAAAUACAUAAAUGGAUUGACAUCACCUUUGGCUACAAAAUGUCUGGUGAAGCUGCUAUUGCUGCUAAGAAUGUGUUGUUGCCAGCAUCAACCUCCAAUUUACCAAGGUCUACAGGCCGCCGCCAGCUUUUUAGCCAACCUCACCCUCCACGCCAAAUUGCUCGUAGGAAAACUCAUCACAACUACAAUGGUCAACCUGAAAACAAUAGUCAAUUAGAAGUAGACUCUGUUAAAGGUGGGGAUUUUCUUAUCAAGACUAAUCAUUUAAAUAAAUUGGAAGAAGCAACUUCUUUCUGUGAGAAAUCGUGGCAUUUAGAUCCUUGUUAUAAUGUUCAUUCUAGUGACUGUUUGAAGAAUAACACCAGUGAAAAUGAAGUUUCGAGUGAUAUUGCUAGAAAUGUAUCACCUAGAAAACCUGACUCUACAAGGAACUACAGUGAGAAAUCAACUAUCGACUCAAAUUCCCUACUUGAGAAUAUGGAGGAGGGUGAUGACUCAGUUGGAUAUCAAGAACUAACACUUUGGAGGCAAGCGUGCUCCCCCAAGAUAAAUUCCAAAAGAGCUGCAGAUGAUAUAUUUUCUGUUGGGUGUAUUUUAGCAGAACUUCAUAUGGGAAAGCCACUUUUUGGUUCGAGUUCAUUGGCUUCGUAUGUAGAUAGUGGAAUCCUACCAUAUACAGUGCAAGAUAUCCCCCAUCAUAUGAAAGUUAUUGUUAAAGCCUGCAUUGAGAACGAUUGGAAAAGGAGGCCUUCUGUCAAAUGCCUUUUAGAGUCUCCUUACUUCCCAAAAUCAGUGAAAUCAUCCAACUACUUUUUAGCUGCAUUUCACGGCCUCUCAAGAAAUGAUUUGCGUCUUCAAUAUGCUGCAACAUUUGCAAAACGAGGAGCGCUGGAAAGAAUGGGAGCUUUUGGUGCUGCGAUGUGUGCUCCUUAUUGCUUACCUCUCAUAGUAACUUCUGCUUCAGAUGCCGAAGCUGAAUGGGCUUAUUUGUUGCUGGCAGAAUUCCUUAAAUGUCUGAAAUCAGAAGCAGUGAUGAAAACUGUUGUGCCAUCUGUCCAGAGAAUUCUGCAGGGUGCAGGGAGCUAUGGAAUAGGAUUGGGAAACAAGUGA